ACGUCAUAACCGCGGUGGUGAGAUGUGUUUACAUGCUCCUCAGUGUUUAUGAAUAUUAAUAUUCAAUAACUGACCGCUCGGAGCUCUGAUUAUUAACGAUGUCGGGGAGUUUUUACUUCGUUAUGGUGGGUCAUCAUGAUAACCCCGUGUUUGAGCUGGAGUUUCUCCCUCCGGGAAAGACCGAAGCGAAGGAGGACCACAGACAUCUGAACCAGUUCAUCGCUCAUGCUGCUCUGGAUCUGGUGGAUGAGAACAUGUGGCAGUGGCAGUCCAGCAGCAUGUACCUGAAGACCGUGGACAAAUUCAACGAGUGGUUCGUGUCCGCCUUCGUCACUGCUGGCCAUAUGAGAUUCAUUAUGCUCCAUGACGUCCGGCAAGAGGACGGAAUCAAGAACUUCUUUAAUGAUGUUUAUGAUCUGUACAUCAAGUUUGCCAUGAAUCCCUUCUACGAAGCCAACGCACCGAUUCGCUCCACAGCUUUCGAGAGGAAAGUGCAGUUUCUUGGGAAGAAGCAUCUGCUCAGUUGAUUCAUUUUGUACAUGUACUCUUGUUUUUGCAUUCUUGUCAUGCAGAAAUAUACAGGCGUGUUGAUUGUACUGUCAGAUACAUAUUUAACGUUUCAGUUGUUUACGUUCACAUUCUCACCUGCUGCUGUACGACAGAUGUGUCUGAAUAAAGAUGUUUAAAGCAUCACACAGCAAUGCAUUCUGCACAAAUUACACACUAAACCUUUAAAAUACAACAUCUAUAACCUGUGGUCAACUGCAUGAUGAUUGUGUACAUUACCGUCGUCCAGUAAUAACCUUGAAACAAUUAAACAAUCUCAUCAAG